UGGCUUAAUUUCAAUGUGCUCGCCGUUAAACUUGAAGGUCGCGAGUGCGUGGAGCUGCAGAGUCCUAUGCUAGGACGAAACAGCUGUCCAGUACUCCCAGGUUUUUUUAAUAGUUCUCCACCUGGUAUUAGUGUGUGAUAAAUACUUCCUUAACAAUAACAAAUUUUACUUUAACUACUGAUCACUAGCAUAAAUAAUCCCUAUUUCAUUUUCAUACUUGUUAUUGAGAAAUCUGUAGACCGGAACGUUAGUUUUUUAUAACUGAACUGUCAGUCUUAGAUUUUGUAGACGUCAAGUUCUGUGGCUUGAUGGAAUAUUACACUGGUAAACUCUUCACAAAAAUCUGGUAACUGUUAUAAGUGGAUUGUGUAAGAAGACCUCUGUGAUUAAUAUUUAGAAUCUUAGCUCUAAGAAUUAAAAAAAAUUCAUUUCAAGAUAGUUGAAAUGCUUUUAAACCAGAGGAUGAAGAUGACUAGUUCACUUUACUUUCCAAGCAAAUGCACUUGAGAAGAAAUUUUCAGAGGAAAUGAUACAGUUAACAAGACGAAGAUUUUUUACUUUGAGUAUAUAAAUACUAAAGCCUAGAUGUAAAAUUACAUUCAAUAGUUUAUUUUAUGAAUAAUAUUUCUUCUAACUUACUCACUCUACAGAUUUUUGUCAAUGUCAGACAACCAUUUAAGCGAAAAGUUUCUUCUUUCUAAAUACUCAUAUAGACUGAGUACACUAAAUAAUUGGCCUUAUGUUGGAAAGUCGAAAUGUACAGCUGAAAAGUUGGCCAGAUCAGGAUUCUUCCGACCAGAUUCAAAGUUGCCUGAUGUAACUCAAUGUUUUGUUUGUUUAAAGGAAUUAGAAGGUUGGGAACCUAAUAAUUCAAGGAUAUGAAAAUCAAUGUAGACAGUGCAAAACCGUACUUUACACCUACAAAUUCAAUAACGAGAGGACUUAUUAAUACCUACUUCCAGGAAGUUUUAAGAUACAGUUGAACAAUUGUUCAAUAUUCUUCGAUUUCUGAUGAUUAUUCUGUAGACAUGAAGUUGUGAUUCGAAUUACUUUUAAAAUUACCUUAGUGAUGGAAUACAUUUUCUAGUUUUUAUCUGAAGUGUUACUAUGUUUGUGCACCUCGAUAUAACAUAAAAUGAAAAGCAAUUUAAAUAAGCAUAUAUAUUGUAUUCAGAAGUAAAGUCUUUUUGCGGUCACCUUCUCCGACUUAAAUAAAGCAUCAAGAAGACAUAUUACGAGGUGAUGUCAUUUUGUAGUCCCCCUACAAUCAUAUGACAAACAACAUGGUUUACAAUAAUAAAUUAUUUGUGAAUAAUUUGUAAUUUAUAUCGAGUAGAGAGGAAUAAUUUAUCGUUGUACUUGAUCAAGUAGUCCAGGGUAGACAAAGGGUCACAUCUAUUAUUUUGAGAACACAUAUUUCUGUGUGAGGAUUUUAAUUUAGGGUUAGUAUUCAUUACGGACUGAUAUUUGGGGACAACCUGGUAGCACUGGACAACUUUUUCGUCCCAGUAUAGGGCUCCUCAGCAGUACGUGAUGCAGUAGGCUUGUAGAGAUGGGUGUUACAAUUCCGUAACGUUUGAUCAACCCUACUUAAUUUGAUGUGCUCUAGUACCUGCUUAACCAGUACUUUACCUAACGUGUAAGUACUGGUAACAAAACACAAAUCAAAAGAACUGAUACGCAAUGUAUUUAAAGGAGCUAUGUAUUUAAGGUAAAUGUUAUAAUAAUGAAUGAGGGAAAAGUUUAAUCAACUUAUCUGGCUUGUAAGGCUGAACUAGGGACUCGGAGUACGUGCGUGGUGAUCAGCACAAUGGAGCGCAAAAAUGGCGUCCAAGCCUGCUCGGAUGCAUGCUCGUUAAAACAAAACUUAAAACACCCUAAGCAUCCGGAGGCAAGCUAGAGAUUUAUUUAGUUAAUUUAAUUUAAACUAUUUAUUUUAGCCCUAGUUAUAUUUUGGUGCCAGGAAGGUGCACUACAGGUUAUCCCCCUCCUAGAAGGUUGUUGGGAUACCGGCAACCUUCGAUCCUAGGAGGCGACUGCGAGGCGGACACGCAACACCUUUCCAUAUUGGUGAUGGAGUAGGUGACGUGUGGGUCUCCGAAGCUAGUGCAACUAUGCACACCUACGAGGUAAGAUAACUUUGCGUCUAGACGCAACCCUUCUCGCAGUGGUGGAAGGUGACCCAAAGCCUCCGUCUACUUUUCCCUAUUGCUUCUUAAUCUACCGGGGAGUGUACAGGGGGAAAUUGGUACAAAGAGAACCGAAGAACGAUCCAAGUAGCAUCGUCAGCGGCCAAUUGUAUCCAAUUUUCAACGCAUUUUCUAGGUUCUGCAAGAAGAAAGAAAUGGGACAUUAGAGUGCUAAGAAAAGGAAAACCAAACAAUUCGAAGUGGGAGUACAGAAAAAAAAAUAAUAACCAACCAAAAAAAGUUUUCGGAAUUUAAAUUGUAUUUUUGGUUUUUCUUUUUUUUUUGAAAAAAAAACUGUUUGCAAAGUAGU